AACACCACACUUUGCUUUCUCUUUUGAAAUGAAAGAUGCUCUGUCUGUGUCGACUUGUCAAAAACAGAUUUGUUUAGUUUUUUCUUAAAAAAUCUAUUACAUCGGAGAAAAUAGUUUACUUUAACUAAUGUGUGGCGAGUUGUGAUUGUAGGUAUUAGUGAUUUUAGUGUAGCAAAUUGACCCCAACACUUGGUCAUAAUGGCGCAAAGAGAUCCAGGACCCAUACCGAAUAGGUGGUUGAGAUGUCCACGAAAAGCAACGGGACUUAUUGCUGAUAAAUUUAUGGCUUUCAAGACACCUUUGGGGUCUCAAUUCAAUGAUAAAGUACCUGAAGAAAACCGUUUUACUCCAUCCAUGUUAUUUAUGUACAUGAAAAGUAUGAAAAUAAAGUUAGGUCUAUGGAUAGACCUGACUAACACCAGUCGAUUUUAUGACAAGAAAGAGGUUGAGGAGACUGGUUGUAAGUAUGUAAAAAUGCAAUGCAGAGGCCAUGGUGAAACACCAUCUCCAGAUCAGACUAGGGAAUUCAUCCAAUUAGUUAGCAAAUUUGUGAGUCAGAAGCCGUUAGAGUUGAUUGGGGUACAUUGUACUCAUGGCUUCAAUAGGACAGGGUUCCUACUGGUUUCCUACAUGGUGGAACAUCUGGACUGCAGUGUGCAGGCAGCCAUCAUUGAGUUUGCAAGGAUGAGACCCCCAGGUAUAUACAAACAAGACUAUUUACAAGAGUUGUUCCGUCGGUACGAUGAAGUGGAGUUGACUCCCGCUGCUCCCAUGCUGCCUGACUGGUGUCAUGAAGAAGAAGAAGAGGUCGAUGAUGAUGUCCCAAGUCACUCACAGAAUUCAUCGUCAUCAUCCACGCCACGCAAACACAAAGGCAAGGGGAGGAAGGAGACCACACACAAGAAGGCCAGUUUCAUGCCCGGUGUCCGAGGAGUGGAGCCUUUUGACACCCAACCGAGGCUCAGUGAAGUCCAGAAGAAAGCUCAACAGUUCUGCGAGUGGGACACCACUGGGUUCCCUGGCUCACAGCCGGUGUCCAUGGAUACUGCCAACUUGAGGAAACUGCAUGAAAAGCCUUAUAGAGUAUCGUGGAAGGCUGACGGAGUCAGAUACAUGAUGUUGAUUGAUGGCGAGGGAGAAGUGUAUAUGUUGGACCGAGACAACUGCGUGUUCAAAGUUCAUGGUCUGCAGUUCCUAUACAGAAAAGAUCUGAGAAGGCAUUUGAGGAAUACUCUACUUGAUGGUGAAAUGGUAAUCGACAAAGUGGACAAUAAGGACAUACCUCGGUACUUGUGUUACGACAUUAUAAGUUUCGAGGGCGUCGACACCGGCAAGAUGGAGUUCUUCCCAACUAGACUGAAUUACAUCGAAAAUGAAAUCGUUAAUCCUAGACACCAAGCAAUGAAGGAAGGUAUAAUCAAGAAGGAGAGGGAGCCGUUCAGUGUCCGUUUGAAGCAAUUCUGGGAGUUACCGAUGGCUCGACAGCUACUUGGCGAGAAGUUCGCCAAGACUUUGUCGCAUGAACCUGACGGACUUAUAUUCCAGCCUUCUAAAGAGAGAUACAUACCGGGGCCAUGCGAAGAUGUGCUAAAAUGGAAACCGAGUAACAUGAACAGUGUAGACUUCAGACUGAAGAUUGUCACAGAAACUGGCCAGGGCCUCCUACCAACAAAGAGAGGUUACCUAUACGUAGGUAAAUUGGACCAGCCCUUUGCAUCAAUGAAAGUGACAAAGGACAUAAAACAUUUGGACAACAAAAUCAUUGAAUGCACCUUCGAGCAGGGACGAUGGGUCUUCAUGAGGGAACGGACAGACAAAUCUUAUCCUAAUAGCUACAAUACGGCUACUUCCGUCUGCGAGAGUAUAAGGGACCCAGUUACCAAGGAGAUCCUACUUGAAUACAUAGACAACCAUAGGUUCCAUGAUGACUCAGAUAUGAUGCCGCCUCCAAAGCGCAUGCGUCGAUAGCGUUGUCCAUAAUGUUGCCAGUACAUAAAAUAAUAAAGAUGGCGCGAUUGUUAAUGUUAUUUCUUUUAUUUUUUAAAGUGUUGUGACUUGUGACUGAAAUUUUAAAGGGAACUAUGAUAAAUAGUUUUGUUAAAACUAGUUUUUAUUUCUUCUAAGUACCUUCUUCCUUAUUAUAUUAUGUCUUUAUGUAAAAGGAUCAUUAGUAUCUUAAGCAGCAGCUUUGUUUUGCGUGGCACAUUUCAAACUAGUAUUUAUACUUUUCUUGCCUUUUUUCUAUAUUUAAUUCGAAUUUCCUGUGAUACACGCCGACUGAUCUUUUCUAUUUCUUCUUCAUAUUUAUUUUCGACUUUAUGGCUAAACAAUACAGUCUAAAAUCUAGAAAGUUAUAGUAAGAUUUAAUAUUCAUGAAAAUCGUCAUAACACGAAUUACUAUUAUUAUAAAAAAAUGUUAAAUUAUUAAGAUAAUAGGUCUGGUAUAUUUUUCUGUUAAUAUUAAUUUAGAAAUAAUAGUGACAAUCGAACCACCACUUUAUAUCGUAAUGUGAACUCUAUUGCGUUAACAAUAAUUUACUUAAUGUAAAAUAGUAUAAAAAUACUGUAAUAACAAGGGUACCAUACUAUGAAACUACAUUUAUUUGGGAAAUCUUGUGAUUUUCCGCCUUUUUGUGAAAUAUGGAUUGUUACAUUAUAAUAAGUUAACGUGAAAUAAAUAUCUAUAGUUAAUUUAUGGA